CUCAGUCAUUUGGCGAUUCUGCUGCAGCUGCGUCGUUCUGGCGAAAGUGCAGCUGUGAAAGCCACUAAUUAAAUCCCAGCCGAGGAUCUCGUGGCUUUGGGCAAGCUCCCAUCUUUGACCUUCGUCAGCUAUUCUAUCCUAUCAGCUGGAAAUCAGAGAAGACGGUUCAACGAAGAUGAGACGUUACGCGUUACUUCUGGCUUGCUGUGUUGUCAACAGUGCUUUGGCAUGGCUAGAACCUAACAGUGGAGUUAUCAACUUGGCUUUGAGAAAACCUGCAAAACAAAGCAGUAAUUUCAAUUCUGCCGCUCUUGCUAAGAAGGCUGUGGAUGGUAACAAGGAUGGACGUUGGAAAUCUGGUUCUGUGACUCACACAAGAAACGAUUAUCAGGCUUUCUGGGAAGUUGAUUUGAUUGACGAAUCGGAAAUUUCGACUGUCAACAUUUUCAACAGAAUCGAUUGCUGCAGUAAUCGGCUUACAAAUUUUUACAUCAAGUUUUAUGACUAUGCGCACGGUCUUGUCAAAACAUUGUUUCAUGGAUCUAAGACACAAAAUCUGUAUAAAUUUGGCCUAGUUCCUUCUAUUGUGGCUCGCUAUGUACGAGUACAGCUUAGGUCUCGAAACUACUUGUCUUUGGCUGAGGUUGAAGUCUAUGGCAAAGUUGUAAAACGACACAGAAACGUCGCCAUUGGAAAGCCUGCUAGUCAAAGUUCUACAUUCCGUCAUCCUGCAAACCCCAUUGCCUCCAAAGCUGUCGAUGGCAAUACAAACGGCAUCUUUCCCGCCAGGACUACAACACUCACAAAUGGAGACAACAAGGCUUGGUGGAAGGUGGAUUUGCAACAGGAAUACGCAAUAACGGCAGUUAUUUUGUAUAAUCGGAUCGACUGCUGCAAAGACAAGCUGCAAUACUUUGAUGUCAUAUUGUUUGAUGGAAAGGGGAAUGUGGCCAAGAAAAUUUCACACGGAAAAGGAGUGAAAGAUGUCUUCCCUUUUAGAAUCGUGCCUCCAAUUAAUGCUCGAUAUGUUAUGGUCCAACUCAGAACUAGAAACAACUUGCAACUGGCUGAAGUACAAGUCUUUUCUGAAUCUAAUAACGAAGUUAUCAACUUGGCUUUAAGGAAACCUGCAAAACAAAGCAGUAAUUUCAAUUCUGCCGCUGUUGCUAAAUUGGCUGUGGAUGGUAACAAGGAUGGCCGUUGGAAAUCUGGUUCUGUGACUCACACAAGAAACGAUUAUCAGGCUUUCUGGGAAGUAGAUUUGAUUUUCGAAUCGGAAAUUUCGACUAUCGACAUUUUCAACAGAAUCGAUUGCUGCAGUGAUCGGCUUACAAAUUUUUACAUCAAGUUUUAUGACUAUACACACAGUCUUGUCAAAACAUUGAUUCAUGGAUCUACAACACAACGUCUGUAUAAAUUUGGCUUAGUCCCUUCUAUUGUGGCUCAAUAUGUUCGAGUACAGCUUAAGUCUCGAAACUACUUGUCUUUGGCUGAGGUUGAAGUCUAUGGCAAAGUUGUAAAACGACACAGAAACGUCGCCAUCGGAAAGCCUACUAGUCAAAGUUCUACAUACCGUCAUUCUGCAAACCCCAUUGCCUCCAAAGCUGUCGAUGGCAAUACAAACGGCAUCUUUACCGCCAGGACUACAACACACACAAAUAGAGACAACAAGGCUUGGUGGAAGGUGGAUUUGCAACAGGAAUAUGCAAUAACAGCAGUUAUGUUGUAUAAUCGGAUCGACUGCUGCAAAGACAGGCUGCAAUACUUUGAUGUCAUAUUGUUUGAUGGAAAGGGGAAUGUGGCCAAGAAAAUUUCACACGGAAAAGGAGUGAGAGAUGUCUUCCCUUUUAAAAUCGUGCCUCCAAUUAAUGCUCGAUAUGUUAUGGUCCAACUCAGAACUAGAAACUACUUGCAACUGGCUGAAGUACAAGUCUUUUCUGAAAAUCAAGAAUUCCCACCGCAAAGUCUGAGUGAAGUUAAAGAGUUUUGUGCCACCCUGCCAAAAGCGGAUAAUACCAUCACGGCCAUGGCUAUGCACAAAAAGGAAAGACAAGUUACAGAAGAGGGAAUCAUAAUUGUAAACGAAGGAUUGGCUAUGGAAGCCCAAGUGAUGAAGUUUGCUAAAGCUAAAAAUCUCAAAACAGUGGAAGAUAUGUGUGACAAAAUCGACGCGUCACAAAUUGAACAAUGCAAGAAGGAUUUGUCGUCAGGUACCGAUGAUGAAUGUGGUCGAGUUCCCAACGUUGACAAGUUCCGUACUAUUGACGGAAAGUGCAACAACAAGAGGUUUACGUCUUGGGGUGCACACAAUACACCAUUUCUUCGUUUUCUACCAGCAGCCUAUGGAGGAACAGGAUAUAAUGAACCGGUGACGGAACGCGCAGGGGAAGAACUGCCUACUGCCAGAAGAAUCAGUCUUGGAAUUCAUCCCGAUAAGUCAAUCACAGACAACGAUCAUAGUUACAUACUGAUGCAAUGGGGUCAAUUCCUUGAUCAUGACUUUACUUUGGCUAUGGAGAGCAGGGACGACAUGGAAUGCAGUAAUAACUGCAAGACGGCAAACAAAACAUGCUUCAACAUUCCAAUCGAAAGUAAUGAUCCACAGUUUGGUACGCAGGCUGGUUUUCCAAGAAAAUGUAUUCCAUUAAUUCGCUCGGCACCAUCGCCAGACAGCUGCCACAAUGUUAUCUUUCCUCGUGAGCAAGUCAACGAGAUCACGGCUUACAUUGAUGCCUCUAACGUUUACGGAUCUGACGAAGCACUUGCCGAACGCCUGAGAACAAACUCGGGCGGACUUCUGAAAACCAACUUUGACGGUCAAAGUUUACCAUUUGACUUUAGCUGCAAUCCUAAAUCUAAGGAUCCAAAGAAGAAAUGCGAACCCAGUCCUCCAUGCAUGGGACCGAUCUGUUUCUGCUUCGUAGCGGGCGAUCGACGAUCUACAGAGCAAACGUUUCUGACGACGAUGCACACUUUGUGGUUGCGCGAGCACAAUCGUAUCGCGCACGAACUAAAGAAGAUCAACCCAAACUGGGAUGACGAGAGACUCUAUCAGGAAACACGAAAAAUUGUCGGAGCUCUUAAUCAAAGGAUCGUCUACAACGAGUACGGCCCCGAACUACUCGGCCGUGAAGUUUUCAAACGACUCGUUCCGCGGUAUGUCGCAUACGACGAGACCGUCAACGCGGGCAUUCUCAAUGAAUUUGCGACGGCCGCCUAUCGCAUGGGUCACAGUCAACUGCGCAAUAGUUUAGAACGUCGCAACGACAACUACGGCCUGAUCGACACGUUUAGAUUUCGUGACGCAUUUUUCCAACCUCAUCGUUAUUUCCUAAAUCGUGAUGGCACAGUUAGCAACGACAACUUUGAGAACUUGUUUCGUGGACUUCUUGAGCAAAAUUCUCAAUUCAUCGAUCGCUUCGUGUCCGACGAACUCACCAAUCACUUGUUUGAACCUCGCGACAACAACGGUGUUCAAACAAAUGCGGGAAUUGAUUUGGCGUCACUAAACAUUCAACGUGGACGUGAUCACGGAUUGCGUCCAUACAUCGAUUAUCGCACCUAUGCUCUUACCAAGCUCAAGCAAAUGGAUAUUCCCAUACCCGUGCCACUCAUGUCGGAAACAAAUAAAAAUAAAAUUAAGGAGGUGUAUGGAUCAAUCAAUCGGUGUGACUUGUGGGUAUGCGGCUUGCUGGAGACGCAACUUGAGGAAGCAUUCCCUGCUUCAAAACGCACUGGUGGGCAGCUUGGUCCGACGUUCUCGGUUAUUGUCGCAGAACAACUGAUUCGUGUGAGGGACGGGGAUCGAUUCUUUUAUCAAAAUCCGGGCGUUUUUACAUCUCAACAACUCGUACAAAUAGAAAAAGUGACUUUGUCUGCCGUCAUUUGUAGCAAUUCUAAGAUCUCAACCAUCCAGCCUAAUGCAUUCGUAGAUGCCAACAAGAACAACGCUCGUAUCCCAUGUUCACGUGUGCAGAGUCAGCGUUGCAUGGUGUUCAGCCCAUGGAAAGGUUAGAUCUUGAAUUUCAGGGAAAGACUUAAGUCACUGGUUGACUUUGAGCUUCGCUUUACUGCUUUUUCUGUCUGUUGUUGCUUAGUCAGUAUGAUUCGUUUAGUUUGAUGUGUUGGAAGUGACAGUUGCAGUGAGUGUAGUUGCUAGUGGCUGCGUUGAAUGGACAAGAAACGUAGAGAAAGCUGAAUUAGAUUGUUGAUUUAGAAUGUAUUAAACAUGCAAGUUGAAACGUAAA